UCUCUGCUUCAGACCUAUCCCGACUUGAAUAGUUCUCCUGAUCUGCGAAUUGUGUCUCCGGUAGUGGAGAAGGUAGACAUUAUCGUCGUUCCUGGACAAUAUUCAGCCCGAAAGUCGUUGACUGGUUUGGGCAACCGGGACCACCUUACCAAAGCCUUCGUCGAUGACCUUCUACCUUCAGACUUCCCGCAUUCGAGAAUACUCUUCUUCGACUAUAAUCCUCAUUCGGCUUUUCGGUCUGGUUUCACAGAGAGCAGACUGCAAGUUGUUACCUUACAUCUCCUACAACAUGCUGUCAAGCUGAGGAAGAGAGACCCUCUGCGGCCUAUCAUCUUUAUCGCACACGGUGUGGGUGGAAUACUUGUCAAGAAUGCCUUGCUGCGCGCAGCGUUAGAUUCGAGGUUUAAGACGAUUAGAAGGGCUACGAAAGGGAUCGCCUUCUUUGGGACACCUCACAGGGCAAGAUCGCUCGACGCAAGCUUAGAAACCCUCGUAUCGGACUUCGCGUCACAGCUAUGGAUUUCGGACUCCUGCCAGCCCAAAACUUCCCGUAAAGCCCCCUACUUCGUGAGAACAUCAUCAUCUUUCUCGGCGCUCCUCUCCGCCGAGAGAUUCCACGAUGAAUGGCUCUCUAGAUACUCCCGCCGGCUCAGGUUUCUCUCGUUUUAUGGAAAAAUACCAUCUUUGGCCGUACCCGGUCACAGUGCCACUCUCGGUCUACCCCAAGAACAAGAAGCAAUAAUCGCUUUGCCUUCGUCACAGCAAGACUUCUGGGCCUUUGAAGGUUCGACUGAUCCAAAUUAUUGCAUCUUCCGCAAUAAGUUAGCGUGGCUUUUGGGAUGGAUCGCGCAGUCAGAUCCUAUCCGAUACAGUCUCGAGUUUCAAGACCUCAAAUGGCUUCGACAAUUGUACCCCUCCGGUCUCAAAUCAAGAGAAAAUCUCAUUCAAGAUCCAGUCGAGGGCACCUGCCAGUGGAUUUGGUCGAAUUCUUCUUUCAAAUCCUGGCUGUUAGCCGACACAAGCGCGACAAUGUGGUUGACAGGAAAGCCAGGCAGUGGCAAAUCGACGUUGCUAAGAUAUGUUUCGAACUAUCUCUGCACUGUUGCCGACGACAUGCCGUAUGAGCCUCUUGCGGUGGCCCGACGUUCCUUUGCUGUGGCAAAUUUCUUUUGCGAUUUCUCAGCCCCCCCAAAGUCCUCUGAGAGUAUCUUACGCUCUCUUCUUCACCAAGUUCUUAGUGGUCAACCGUCUCUUCUUCGCUACCUCACCCCCGUAGUCAAGAGAAAACACCAAUGGUCCACUGGCACGGAUUUCAGUCUGGUUACAGCUUUGAGGGAAAUCUCAAAGCACAGAAGUAUCGUCUGCGUAAUAGAUGCGCUCGACGAGUGCGACGUUGUUGUACGCACCAAUCUCCUUGAUGCAUUGGCAGACCACCUCGUCGCUCCCGCAGAGGACUCCUGGAGAUCGCCCUGCGCUGUUCACGCCAAUUGUGCUUGUCGUACGUCUUCUCCAAAACUAAAGAUUCUCUUUUCUUCUCGGCCAUUUCUCUCGGUACAAGUAAGCAAUCACGAGAACCACCAUGUCCAGCAUCUCAGCCUUUCUGCCGGGGAGGCUGCAUCUAGCCUAGCAAAGGAUUUCCAAGCAGUCGUCAAGUCAACGUUUCCUCUCCUCGGAUCCAAUGACGAAGUCGAAAGGCGUAAAGACAUUGCUUCUAGAAUUGUUGAGAGAUCUGACGGGGUAUUCCUUUGGGUCAAACUUGUCUUGAAGUCCUUGCUGGCUCUGGAAGUGCAAACCAGCGAGAAUUUGUUGAGUCAAUUGGAAAAGCAUCCGACAAACCUGAACGACAUGUACUCAUCCAUUCUUUCUUCAGUCAAUGAGAAGAAGGCUGAUGAGAAAUCAUACAUUCUGAGAUGUCUGGAUUGGGUUGUAUUUGCUCAAAGGCCUCUACGAGUCGAGGAACUCGCUGCGGCUGUUGCAUUCGAGACGGAACGUGGCUAUCAACAUGAUUUCCCAACCUCAGUCCACACACCAAGCUUCCUAGACCUUCGCUGCAAAUUUCGCCCCAGAUCGAUCGGAUUCUGUUUCUCUCAAGUCCCUCUCAUAGAGGUGAAAGGCUCGACGGUUCAUCUCAUUCAUCGAUCAGUCAAGGACUUCAUGUCGUCUACAAGUCAGACCGCUACCGGCAGCGUUCUCCUACGACAGGUUUCUCGCAGAACCGAUCUUGAUGUCAACACUCGCAUUGCUGUAAUAUGUCUGGCAUACUUAAGAAAGUUGAGUCGGUCAGAUAGGUCAUCAGACGAGGUUCCCAAACGCCAUUCAAUGCUUGACACUGAAGUUGCGUUUCCCUUGUAUACCUAUGCCGCGACGCAUUGGAGCUCCCACGAGAAGGCUUCGGCUCAACACCAAGAGUACCCCGACGAGAUUGUUCACAACUUAUGUAGUCCGAGGUCCCUCCUAUUGCAGAAGUGGUUCAGGCCUUGGUGGGAGAAUCAGUCGACUGAACCUUGGGAAUUGCGCAGGUUUCCGACAUACCCAACAGAAGGUAUCGUGCUUUCUUUUCUUGGGAAAACAAAUGAGGUCGCAAGCCUUCUCCGGCAUAAGUCCAUGAAAGCCGAUGAGUGUACCCCCAAGGGCGAAGAAUGGACGCCACUCAUGGCCGCAUCGUGGAGCGGGCACGAGUCCGUGGUCCAGCUUCUUUUGCGGCAGCAGAUCGACUUUGCUGCGCAUCCUGUCCAUUCUUCCCGUGCGCUAACGCACGCAAUCGAGCGAGGCCAUACUAUCAUUGCUCAGGAUAUCACCAUGGCGUUUGCUCGGCCAACAGCAAAAGUCUCUGCAUCGCUCUCAAUUCUGUCUCAAGGAGCGAGCUCUCCUCUGGCGACUGCAAUACGGUUCGGCCAGUCGCGGUUGGUUUCGUUGCUCUUAGCUCAUGGAGCCUCUGUCAACUCCCGCUGGCAAUUACCAGAUGACGAAUCGAAGCAUACAUAUAGGACUAUGGGUUCAAAACCUUGCAAGUGGCGUGACAUGAUUACACCGUUGGCACUUGCUGUGAGCCAAAAUGACAUGGAGAUGAUAGAGGUUCUCAGCUCCUCUAGCGUUAGCUUCGAAGACUACGACUACUUGAGUCUUGCCGCCAGUACUGGUGCUUUUGGAGCUGUUCAAUUUUUGCUGAAACAAGGGUUGGAAGUCCACAACGACCACCAAAGGCACUCAGCACUUCUUCUGGCGGCAGAUUGUGGUUACACCGAGAUAGUGAAGGUUCUCUUGGAUCACAAUAGAUCUCUCCUGCCUGUGGAAAAGUCAAAAAGUCUGAUUCCUGAAUCGUUCGGACACUUGAGUCAACCAGUCGCCAUCAAACUAUUACUUCUCCCCGCAUUCACAGCCGAGGAUGCAUUCCUCGACGCAUGCGAGGCGUGCUCCUUAGAAAACAUCAAGUCUUUUCUCAACAUCGGUAUCUCUCCAGAUGCCGGAAGAAACGGAAGCCACGCGAUCCACCUUGUCUUAAAUGACUCUGGGCACUGGGACAGACCUUCCCGUGAGAGCGAGAAACUUCACGCUCUUGAGACCUUGCUCGAUCGAGGGGCACAAAUCAGCCAGAAAGACGAGCAUGGGAACACUUGUCUUCACCUUGCAGCGAAGAGAGGCGAAAAUGAGAUCUCUCAGGAUCUCAUUUCCUUCGGAUGUCCCGUCAAUGAAAGGAAUCAACUUGGGGAGACUGCCGCGGAUGUUGUCGCCCUACAAGGCAAUGCUGCUUGGAUUCAACAACUUCUUGUGUCUGGAGCCGACCCAGACACCGCAACCUGGAAGAACGCACUCAAGAGCGGUAGCAUUGACACAGUGGGCGUCCUGCUCAGGUUUUACCGUAGGUUUUGCCAUGAGGGCAUCGAGCUCUCACCUAUUCCCAGUGAAGUGUACCACCACUAUCUCAUGUGUGGAGAUGUUCCCCUUUGCUACACUGCAGCCGUAGCCUAUCUAAGGUCUAGGCACAUAAUGAACCAAAGCAGCAUUAGGAUCGAAGCAGAUCGAAGUCUUACAUGUCUGGAACUUCUUCAAAGAGGUUGGGAAGACCUCACAGAAACUACAUGGGGCUGGUGGCCUUUAAGGCCACCUUUGCCCCAGCUGAACCCAGAUGAAGCUUGGAUUUGCUGGAAGUGCUUCAAUUGCAACGGCAAAGAGCACAGAGAUAGAAUACCCUCCCAGUUGGGCGUCGAGAUUCUCGCUUUGGUGGAUUUUCUGUCAAUGCUAAGUCAAGUUGCUUCGGAAACCACAGGUCGGAAUUUCUGUCCUAGCAAUAAUCAAUGGGUCAUUUCUCCGGGGACAGUCUGCAGCCUUGACUUUGGCGAAAAUAUACUCACGAGACCCCCAGAACAUGGAGGUAACGCGCCCUUACGGAGGCCAGCUUCCGGCAGCAGAGGCCAAAGUUCGAAUCGCCAACGCGGCUUAGAUACACCUCUCAGCAAUCCUCGUAGACGAUAUGUUCCCGAGCCCCCAAGAUUGGCACCGGCUUUAAUCACAGAGAAGACUUCGAAAUCCCAGGACGCAGAGGGGAAACCUUCAGAUGACGAGAAACCAAACCCCGAAGAGCAAGAACCAGGCACCCGAGUGAAGGGCCGCUUUGUCGUCAUCAAAGCUGUCUCUUUUCCUCACGACCAUAUCGAAAUUCAAGCAACGACUACCGACUUGAAAUUCCUGAACGACCUGCAAACGAAGUAUUGGGCUCGAUGUAGCGCGUUCAAGACCUAUCUUUCUAUUCAUCGAUUCCAUCACUGGGGGUUUGAUAAAUAUGAACACUUCAACGGCAACUACAUUUCUAUCGCAAGUGGCUGUGCAAGUAGUACGGAAUUGCCCGAGGCACCGCACGACUUGGACUACGACUUCAAGCGACUGGCCAACGAGUCUCCUCCAAUAUCGCAGCCGAUAUUCUACAGUCACUGCUACGAUUGCAAGCCUGACUGCUCUCGAAUCAAACUCUUGCACAGCUGUACAAACACCUCUACAGGAAAGUUUGACGAAGAAUGCGUCCCUGAGCACAGCGAUCGUAUGGCCGAGCUGCUGUCACGGGUACCCAAGCGACUCCUCGAAUGGCAGCCGAGAAAUCUGGACCAUGAGGUAGCAUACGGGCUAUCUUCAUUUGAGCUACCGAAUGCAUGGGGCUUUUGUGUUUACUCCAUUCUUUGUUUCUUGUUGCCAGCGGGGCUCUUUUGGAUAUUUUGGUUGUCAAUCAUGGGCCACGAAGCCGAUUUACAGAAUGCUAGUGUACCGGCAACACUAGCCAUAGUAUUAUGGGUGACUCUUUAUCAGAGCACGGCGGGCAAGCGAUGGUGUCGGAAGAUGCAAUACUAG